ACUCGGAGCUCGGUGAAGACGCCCUUAGCAACAACACACAGCCGCGUCGAAUAAGAUAGUCGCAGCGCUCCGGAGAAGGAUUUAACACUCGUGCAGCUUUUACCGCGCGGACUUCCAGCGAGGCUGCUGCUCGAAGGGGAUCCCCCGGCUGGUUCUGCACCCGGAACAUGGGGCUUGAAUACAGCUAGCCUUAUCCGGCUAGCCAUCUGCCCCGAAGGCGAGCGAGGCAGCCCCCCAACAGCCGUCCCGAAGGAGGACAAAUCCCGGGGGCUCGACGAGAGCGGUAGCAUCGCUAACUGCGGAGCCAGCUAACCAGGAAUAAGCACGGGAAUGGUGCUCUGGACCGACUCACUGUACCGACAGAGAGAGGCGAGGGGCACCCGGCUCAGACCACCCAGCGGUAAUAUCGGGACUAUUUUUAAGAGAGGGAGCGGCUCCGCUCUCCGGAGGACCAGCGGUCUGUGGCAGGACGAGCUAGCGGGCUAGCUAGCCGAGAGAGACGACCCCCACCGCCUGUUCAGGUUUUUCAAACUGCAGCCGGAGCAGCGAGGCAGCCUCACAACACUGUGAUUUUAAUACGAAAAGAGCAAAAAAAGAAGAAGAAAAUACUGUCAAAGCCAAAAAGCAGUGAGCUAGUCGGAAACAGCUUGAGUUUUAGUCCGAACGAAACGCUUGGACUGAGCUCAUAAACAAAACACUGCCGCGGAAAAAAAACUUUGUUGCUUUUAGCUUCGUGUGCUAGUUUGAACUUUCGUUUUUAGUUUUUGUCACUUUGGGAUUCCUCUUCACUUCGGAUGCUGGCAUCACUUAUAAAUUGCAAUCAUGAUGAUAAUAAGCAGGAAACCAGAGGGCCCAAUAGCAACAGCACGCCACGGCGAUGGUCUCUACGACUCGUACAUGAGGACAGACCACAUUCUUAAAGAAGACACUGACACAAACAGUCCAUCCGGGCUGCCCCCGAUGCCCAAACACACGGUUGUCAGUAACAAGACUGUCAUGAGGGAUCAGGUGACUGUGCGAGGCGGCCAGCUGAAGGUCAAGUAUCUUUAUGAAGACUCGACCAACAACCGCAAGAUUAAUGCCAUAACCACAGCGACCACUCAGAACAGUGGGACCACCAGCCAGACCCCCAGUAAGCCCACCUCAGUCUCCAGCGGAUCCAAGGAGCACAGCGUUGACAGCACUGACUCCACGAAGGGCUCCAGCGACUCGUCGGGCACGCUCGGAGCCGAGAACGUUGGCAACUCCGCCAAGGUCUGCGGCCCGCUCACGCCCGACCAGGCCCUGAGGCUGUACCGGCCUCAGCUCACCGGCCUGGAGCAGACGGAGAUCCACUCAUAUCCAGACAUCUACUUUGUUGGACCCAAAGCCAAGAAGAGGCCUGCCGUCGCCGGGGGCAACAACAACUGCGGCUACGACGACGAGCAGGGCGGCUACAUCCACGUCCCUCACGACCACCUAGCUUACCGCUACGAGUUCCUCAAGAUCAUCGGUAAGGGGAGCUUCGGCCAGGUGGCGAAGGUGUACGACCACAAGCUCCAGCAGCACCUGGCCCUGAAGAUGGUGCGGAACGAGAAGCGGUUCCACCGACAGGCCCAGGAGGAAAUCCGCAUCCUGGAGCACCUGCGCAAGCACGACCGCAACGGCACCAUGAACGUGGUGCACAUGCUGGAGAACUUCACCUUCCGCAACCACAUCUGCAUGACCUUCGAGCUGCUGAGCAUGAACCUGUACGAGCUCAUCAAGCGCAACAAGUUCCAGGGCUUCAGCCUGCCGCUGGUCAGGAAGUUCGCACACUCCAUCCUGCAGUGCCUGGAGGCGCUGAGCCGGCACCGGAUCAUCCACUGCGACCUGAAGCCGGAGAACAUCCUCCUGAAGCAGCAGGGCCGCAGCGGCAUCAAGGUCAUCGACUUCGGCUCCAGCUGUUUCGAGCACCAGCGGGUGUACACCUACAUCCAGUCCCGUUUCUACCGAGCGCCCGAGGUGAUCCUGGGCUCCCGGUACGGCCUCCCCAUCGACAUGUGGAGCUUCGGCUGCAUCCUGGCCGAGCUGCUGACCGGCUACCCUCUGUUCCCCGGCGAGGACGAGGGCGACCAGCUGGCCUGCGUCAUGGAGCUGCUCGGCAUGCCCCCGCAGAAGGUCCUGGAGCAGGCCAAGAGGGCAAAGAACUUCAUCAACUCCAAGGGCCACCCCCGCUACUGCGGCGCCAACACCCUGCCCACCGGCGCCACCGUGCUGACGGGCUCCCGCUCCCGCCGCGGCAAGAUGAGAGGCCCCCCCGGAAGCAAGGAGUGGAGCGCCGCGCUAAAGGGCUGCGAGGACCCCACCUUUACUGACUUCAUAAAGAAGUGUUUGGACUGGGACCCCUCCUCCCGCCUCACGCCGGGCCAGGCCCUCAGACACCCCUGGUUGUACCGCAGGCUCCCCAAGCCCCUCCCCGGGGCCGAGAAGAGCCAGGGCCCCCCUGUGAAACGACUCCCCGAGCACCACAGCACCUCCUUCCCCUCCAUCCUGGCCAAGGGGGGGCCGAGCCUAGGCACCACAGCUGCCAACAACAAACUGAGGAGCAACAUGAUGGGGGAUUCAGGGGAAGCCAUACCUCUGCGCACAGUCCUCCCCAAACUGGUCUCUCUCUCCACUUCCUCCUUUAUGCACUCCUCAGGAGGAGUCCCGAUAAAGCAGGAAGUGUUUUUAAAACUCGUUUGGUUGUUCUUAUAUUUGUUUUCUACUGCGAGGUGUCGACACCUCCAGUUGUUGGUUUUUAAUAUUAGAUGAAUGGAGAGAGGGAGAGAGAGAGAGAUGAU